UAGCAUUUUUUUUUUUAAAAGUGUCUUCUGAAUUCUUCAUGAUCUGGAAUUAUUGAUAGUUUAAAACAUGUUUGUCUUUUUUCUUUUCUUCAUCUUUUCCUUUGUAGGCAUACAUGGAAUAAAAGAGGAAACAUUCAUGCAAAAUAUCAUGAAUGAAAUUACUGAACUCAAAACGAGACAGACUUCUUGUGAGCGAUACAAGGCCAAAGUGGCUGAAUUAGAGGCUGCUGUAGUCCAACUGAAAACAAAGCAAAGUUCUUAUGAAGCUAAGGUAGAUGAUCUCCAGAAACGCAAUGGGAAAUUGGAACUAAAGAUGCUUCAGAUUCAGCAUGACAUGGAUUCAAAACGACAAAUCCAUAAUAUUCAGCAUAAAGACAAGCCAGAUAAUCUCACGACUUACCAAAACAGUUACAAACGAAUGGCAGUCAGUGGUCAAGUUGCGUUUACAGCUGGUGUAUCAAAUGCAGACCUAACACAACUAGGAGAUCACCACACAAUCAUCUUUGAUAAGCCUAUUACAAAUAUUGGAAAUGCCUACAGCGUACAUUCUGGUAUAUUCCAGGCACCCCUUAAGGGUGUUUAUGUGUUCACAAUGACACUCAUGGUUGUCCCACGUCACAGUGAGUAUCUGGACAUUGUAGUCGAUGGAAAUCUUAUAAACCAAAUUUUUGCAGAUGCUUCGUCGGUUGAUGAUUUUAUAUCAACAACUAAGCAAUGGGUACUCGAUCUCAACGUUGGCUCCGAAGUUUGGAUUCGAACAUCUACGUACGAAAAUAAGGGAGAGAUACAUGGUAAAAUGCACACAACUUUCAGUGGAUUUCUGUUGUUUGAAACUGAAUAAAGUUUCAAAUAAUACUGAAAUGUUAUAUUGUAAAAAGAAUAUAACGAAAGCAUAUGAUUGGAAAUAUUUUGUUUUUGUUA